CAAAUAUAUCAAGCAAGACACUGCCACCAGCAUCAGAUUUCUCGCUGAGAGAGAGAAAGAGGGAGGGAACGCGCAAAGGAGAUAGAACCAGCGAAACGCAACGGAGUGGUGCACGGAUUUGAAAAAUCAGCGUCGCGGCCACAAAUAAAGUCCGUAAACAAAGAACCACAGCUACCAUCUAAGUUAGAACCGACAUAAGGAAAAGAUGUUGAAACUCAGUCCCACCUCGCUCUCCUGCACCUUAUUGGUGCUUUGGUGCAUACAAGGAUGCUGGGGCGCAGUGAAAGUGACUGUGACGCCCGUAGUCGAGGUGAUGAAGGGGGGCAGCGUCACCCUCCCCUGCUCCUUCUCCGUCUCGGAGCCCUCCAGCAACAGCAUCGUGGAGUGGUACAUCGACGAAGGCGAGGACUCCCGGAAGCGCGUGGCGUUCCGGCCGGCGUCGGGGCCGGGCGGCAAGGUGGACGUGGACACGCGCCUGACGGGCAGGGUGGCGAUGGGCGAGGACUUCUCCCUCGCCAUCUCCCAGGUGCACCCCGAGGACGAGCGCCGCCUCCACUGCCAGGUGACGGCGGGCGCGGCGGGCGUCGGCCAGGGCGCCACGGAGCUCAAGGUCUUCUUUGCUCCAGAGAAGCCCGAAGUGAAGCUUUCCAACGAGGUCAUUUCUGUCACCGACUCCUCCAGCUCCGAGGUGGGGCAGUGUGUCAGCCGAAACGGACACCCCUUACCUCACAUCAUCUGGUACAAGGACCUCAACGCCCUGCCUGAAGUUUCUGACUCCAGCAUGGAGAUGUACAUGGUGAACAGCAUGGUGAAGGAGGCGUCGGGUCUCCUGACGGUGUCCAGCACGCUCUACCUGAAGGCCAAGAAGGAGGACAAGGACUCGCAUUUCCACUGCAGGGUGGAGUACAACACGACGGGCGGCGUGGUGGCCACCAAGGACUCUGAGCCCUUCACCCUAACUCUGCACUAUCCCACCGAGCACGUAACCUUCUCUCUGGUGUCCCCCGAGCCAAUCAAAGAGGGCGACGACGUGGUGCUGAAGUGCGACUCGGACGCCUACCCGCAGCCCGACUUUGACUUCUCUUUCCUUACAGGGGAGACUCCUUUGCAAGGCGCCGCAGGGUUGCUGACCCUGAACUCCGUAACCCGGGGCAACUCGGGCAAGUACAAAUGCGAGGUCCUGGACUUUGACGCCGAGGAAGACGUGGUUCUCGAGAAACAGCUGGAGCUCUUCAUCCACUACCUGAACCCGGUGGUGAUCACUCCCGCUGGGCCGGUGUCCCAGCCCCUGGGCGGGAGCGUGGAGCUGCACUGCAAGACCAAGGCCUCGGACAAGCACACGCUGCACUGGAAGAAGGGCUCCACAGUGCUGUCUCAGAAUGGCGUGCUCUCCCUGAAGUCGGUCUCCUUCGCGGACGCUGGGGAGUACUCCUGCGUGGCCGCCGUGCCCUCCGUCCCGGGACUCCACGCUCAGGCCAACGUCACGCUCACGGUCACAGGUACCCCGCCCGCGAGCAUGCGCCGCCAUCACGGGCAGUUAUACCAUUACGAUUAUGAUUCGCCCUUUUAGAAAUGAGCAUAUUUA